UGUCUUAUAUGCAGUGUUAUCAGUCAAGUCCAGUUGUCACAUGCAUUACAGUACAUUGAAUUUUGCACCAAUUAAUCUGAACCUUAUCAUCAACUAAGACAAAGACAUGUCCAAGAUAAAAAGAUUUCUUCCUUGUUCCUUGUUUUACAAAGCAAUCAUGUUUUGUCCUUUUUCUCUCCUCAAUAAAUAAAAUCACUUUACUUUGCUUCUUUCACCACUAUCAUCAUCAUCCAUAUACAUAGCCCACAAACCCCAUUUCAACAAGUUUAGAUUUUGAUUAGUGUUAGCCGCUUGAAUUACCAAAACAGUGAUGAAUUUGAGUAAAAAAAUUGACUUUGACACCAAAAGAAAAAUGGGUCUGAAUUUCAUGAUUUUGGUGGUUAUGGUUUCAUGGUUUUGGUCAAUUCCUACGACAUGUGCCUUGACUGCAAAACAACAAAAGAGUCGUCAGAAGCUGAGGUUUGAUCAAAAUGGUGAAUUCAAGAUAUUGCAGGUGGCAGAUAUGCACUAUGCAAAUGGAAAGACCACACUGUGUUUGGAUGUACUUCCUUCUCAGAAGGCUUCUUGUACUGACCUCAAUACUACUGCUUUCAUUCAUAGGAUGAUCCUUGCUGAGAAGCCUAAUCUUAUUGUCUUCACUGGAGAUAAUAUCUAUGGCUAUGAUUCCUCGGAUUCGGCUAAAUCGAUGAACGCUGCAUUUGCUCCUGCAAUUGAAUCAAACAUUCCUUGGGUGGCUGUUUUAGGGAACCAUGACCAAGAAGGAUCACUCUCUAGGGAAGGUGUGAUGAAAUAUAUUGUUGGAUUGAAAAACUCUUUAUCUAAAGUCAAUCCUCCAGAAGUACACAUCAUUGAUGGUUUUGGGAACAAUAACUUGGAGAUCGGUGGUGUUCAAGGUACUGUCUUUGAAAAUAAAUCAGUUCUCAAUCUAUACUUUCUUGAUAGUGGAGAUUAUUCCAAAGUUCCGACGAUUCCUGGUUAUGAUUGGAUCAAGCCCUCACAGCAACUUUGGUUCGAGCGAACGUCUGCGAAGCUUCGGAAAGCAUACAUAAAAGGACCAGCGCCUCAGAAAGAAGCUGCUCCUGGUCUUGCAUACUUUCACAUCCCCUUGCCGGAAUAUACAAGUUUUGAUUCAUCAAACAUGACAGGUGUGAAAAUGGAAACGGAUGGCGGUGAUGGCAUUAGUUCUGCUUCAGUGAACUCUGGUUUCUUCACAACCUUGGUUGGAGCAGGAGACGUGAAGGCCGUUUUCGUUGGCCACGAUCACCUGAAUGACUUCUGCGGCAAGCUAAUGGAUAUACAACUUUGUUAUGCUGGAGGGUUCGGAUACCAUGCUUAUGGAAAGGCUGGAUGGUCUCGGAGGGCAAGAGUGGUGGUAGCUAGCUUGGAGAAGACAGAUAAAGGAAGCUGGGGAGCUGUCAAAUCAAUUAAAUCAUGGAAGCGCCUCGAUGAUCAGCAUCUUACUGGAAUUGAUGGUGAGGUCCUAUGGAGCAAGAGCACUUCCGGCUCAGAUGGUGUUAAAACGGGAAGCGAAGAGCUGAAUCAUCAAUUUGCAAGUUCAAAAUCACAAAUGUGGUCUGUAAAAUGAAGUUCAUGAAUUGCAAGGGAAGGUUCUUUCAAGGAAGCAGUGGCAAAAAAGAAAUUGGUGGAAAUUAAGAAUUUGAAAGGGAUGCAGGCAAGUGUUGGUGUAUCCAUAUGAUUACUUAUUUUGGAAUUUGUAAUGAGUUUCUAUACAAAUUUUUAUUCAUGGAAAUUGGAAACUCUGAUAUACAUAUCAUAUGUAAUUUGAAACUGCAAUGGAAGGCUGAAAAUUACAAAGAAGGAAUGAAGUUCGUUACUGAGGUGUGAGAUUAUAUGCAUAUGAAAUUGCAUACUUCAUACCCUACUUAUAAGAUGAUUUCAUUAAUUUGAAGUUUAUAUGUAUUGCCUUGGAACCAAAAAGAAUUCAUAUUGCAUGAAUAUUUUGCUAUGUGAUGAUUAUGAACUCAAAGCCUUUUUGCCUGCACAA